AAAACCUUCACAUAUUUACAGACGACAGAGGAAGACAGCAGUGUGUCUGCACUGUAAAUUCACCAUGUUUCAUCUGAAGAAUAUCGCUGCCUUCAUAAUACUCUCUGCCUGCGUUUGUCAAGCUCAAGCUGGUGGCCAACGGGCGACAUCAGACACAGGAAAAGUCACAUUACAGCCAUGGCUGGUGGGACUGGCAGCCGUUGUUGGGUUUCUCUUUAUCGUCUUCGUCGCCCUCAUCAUUCAAAGACUCUUUUUCAAGAAAGACAAAAGUGAGAAAGCAGAGAAGCAUGGAUUUUAUGAAAACAUACCGGCUGGUCUGGAGGCACAUGAGGAGACCAAGCAGACCAAUUUCUAAUGAGAAGAGCAGCCCUGCAAGUCUGUCUUGCUCUCUGUGGAAAUCAUGCUACAAUGUUGAGCAGUAAUUGUUAUGUAAUUGUAUUUUAGCUUGUGAAACAUGUCAAUAUAUCAUUUUAAGUUAUA